UUCUCAAUUACUAUUACAUUCUAAUUGUGGAAUGCAAGAUGGCGGACUUGACCAAGAAGAAAUUAGCAGGCAAAGUGGCCAUAAUCUCCGGCGGAGCAAGCGGCAUCGGUGAAGCCACGGCACGUCUUUUCGCUGAUCAUGGCGCCCGUAUGAUCGUAAUCGCUGAUAUCCAAGAUCAACUAGGCCAACAAGUGGCUACCUCAAUUGGUUGCCACAAUUGUACCUACAUGCAGUGUGACGUUACCGAUGAAGAUCAAGUUAAAGCUUUGGUUCAAUCAACGAUCCAAAGUUAUGGUCAGCUUGAUAUCAUGUUUAGCAAUGUUGGGAUUUUAAGUAAGGCUGAUCAGACCAUUCUGGAUCUUGACUUUCCACAAUUUGACCGAUUGAUGGCAAUCAACAUCCGGGGUAUGGUUGCAUGUGUUAAGCAUGCAGCGCGUGUAAUGGUGGAGGGGCGCGUGAGAGGAAGUAUAGUAUGCACGGCAAGCGUGGCGGCAAGCCAUGGAGUCAGAAGGAGGACCGAUUAUUGCAUGUCAAAGCAUGCAGUGUUGGGAUUAAUCCGAUCCGCGAGUAAAAAGUUAGGGGUGCAUGGGAUAAGGGUGAACUGCGUGUCACCGAAUGGGCUGGCGACGCCGAUGACAUGCCACGCGCAUGAGAAGAGCGUGGAGGAGGUUGAGGAACUUUAUGAGGCACGGAGGGUUCUAAAGGGAGCUGCGUUGAGAGCUGCACAUGUGGCAGAUGCAGUUCUGUUUCUUGCUAGUGAUGAGUCAGAGUUGAUUACAGGGCACGACCUCGUUGUCGAUGGUGGCUUCCAAGCUAAGUAAUUUACUCAAUUACAAUACUUUGUUUGAAAGGUAUUGCAACUCUCCUCGGCUGCUAUCAUUACUAUUCUAUGUAUACCGCAGCAGUGAUGGAAUCUAAU